UCCCACGGCGGAGUACGCUGUUGCCACCCAACGCCAUUCACACGCGGACAGUCGCGCUGCCAACAUGCCCACUACACGAAGCAGCGGACGAAGGAAGGCCCCUGAGGUCACAGAGGCCCCAGCACCCAAGAGAGGAAGGAAAUCUGCCAAGUCCAAGAAAGCAGAACCAGAAGCACCCAAGGAAGAGCCUGAGGUAGUACCAGAAGUUGAAGAGAAAGAGAAUGAACCAGCAGCGGCUAACACAGAUGAAGUGCCACAAGAGAAUGGGCAAAAUGGUGUAGAAAAGGAGGAGGAACCAGCAGAGGAGGAGGAGGCCGCAGCACCAGAGGAAGAACCUGCUGCAGAGGACGCUCCAAAAGAGGAGGAAGCAGCCCCUGCAGAAGAAGAGGAAGCACCUGCCAAAGAGGAAGAAGCCCCUGCAGAAGAGGAGAAGAAGGAGGAAGAGGCACCAAAAGAAGAGGAGACAAAAGAAGAAGUUGUAGAAGAGAAGGAAGAACCCCCUGCUCCACCUCCAACCAAAGGACGUGGUCGCAAGCCAAGGAAAGUAGCUGUAGAGCACUGCAAAUCAUGAAGUGUUUUCAAGCGGAAUGCUGUUCAAAUUACGAAUGGCAUCCGCGAAAAGUUCCCCGAUGUUGAGGUGGAACUAAAUGCUACAAAACCCCGUAGCAAAAGCUUUGAGAUCACAGUCACUUUUGAUGAUGGGGAAUCAGCACUGGUGUGGUCGGGAAUCAAGAAGGGACCCCCAAGAAAGGAAAAGUUCCCCGAGUUAAAGGUUGUCUUGGAAGAGCUUGAGAACCAAAUGUAAUUGGGACUGACUAUUGUGUAGGAGUGUAGUUUAUAAUGUUGUCCCUGUUAAGAGAUCUCAAAACUAAAGAUUUAUAUGAUUCACCUCAGAAAAAAUUAUCUGGUGUAUCUUUCUUCUUAGGAAAAUUAGUCCAAGUUCACUAAGUAGAGACUAAUGUUGUUUAUUCAGAUUGUUUUCUUUAGGUUAGGAAAGUAAACUUUCACAAAAAAAAUUAUUAACAGGGACUACCUGAAAGAGUGGGAACUGCCUGGGUAGUGUUGAUGUAAGGAAUCAUUCUCUUUGAUUGUUUUCUAUGAAGGUCCAAAAGCGGAAAGCCGUUUGGUUGCUUAAGACUGGAAGCCCAUGAACAAACGAAGAGAGUGCAGACCUUUUCAUUGGCCUUUUCAGGAUUCCCACUCUUUUGUUAUAAACUAACACUUUGUCCCUACCUCUUUUUUUUUUAUGACAUGUACAAAGUUCCCUGGAGCAGGCAGAGGUUUUAGGUUGUGGGUUGUUACCCAAUUUAUUCACUGCCAAGCAGAGAAUUGAAAAAUAGCUUUCAAAGCUUUAUUCUUUUUUUUUUUUUUUUUUUUUUUUUCUUGGGAGGGGGGGGUGACAUAGGUAUAUUGUUUUCUAAUUUUUAUUGUUACUAAUAAAAAAUAUCACUGUUAUUUUUUUCUCUAUACCCUGCCUACUCCAGUGUGCACUGCAAAUAAGCCCAGCUCCCCAUUUUUGGAGGAUUUUGAAUUUCACAAUUUUUCCCUUCAUUAAGAAAAGUAAAAAAAAAAAAAAAAAAAAA